CCCGUGCUUAUUGCGUCGCGCGCGGGCACCGGCAAGGGCGCAAGCGAAGUCGCGAGCGACGCAAACCUUCCUUCCCUUGGUUCCCCUCUCCUCGUCUUCUCGCCAGGCCAGCCAUUUUAUCCGGCGUCGGCUCGGCUGGUCCCCAGUUGCUGGCUCGCUUGAGGCGGGCUCGUGGUUCACGUGCGCGAGGGGUUGGCUCAUUUGGGUGCGUUGCGUUCGGGUUGGUGGCGGCGCGGGAGAUGAAGAGCGGCGCCGGGGGAGCCGGAGGAGGAGGCGGGGCAGGGGGUGGGGGCAGGCAGCAGUGGCCGUGCGACUACUGCGGGGAGGCGGCGGCGGCGCUGCACUGCCGCGCGGACGCGGCGCGGCUCUGCGUGGCGUGCGACCGCCACGUGCACGCCGCCAACGCGCUCUCGCGGAAGCACGUGCGGGCGCCGCUCUGCGCGGGGUGCGCGGCGCGACCGGCCGCCGCGCGCGUCGCCGCUGCGGCGGGGGCCGGGGGCGAGGCGGCGUUCCUGUGCGCGGACUGCCGCGAGGGCCGCGGCGACGGCGUGGCGGUCGAGGGGUUCUCUGGCUGCCCCUCGGCGGCCGAGCUCGCCGCGUCGUGGGGGCUCGACCUCCGCGGCGCGGGAGGCGGGUGCGGCGAGGGCGACGCCGAGGCGGAGGCGGAGGACGACGCCUUCUUCUCGGUGCUCGACUACUCCAUGCUGGGGGCCGAUCCGGACCUGCGCGACCUCUACGUGCCGUGCGACCCGCCGGAGGUGGCCGCCGCCGGCGCCCGCCGGCUCAAGGGGGAGGCGCUGUGCGACCAGCUCGCCGAGAUGGCGCGGCGCGAGGCCGACACCUCCUCGCACCCGCACCAGCCGCACUCGGAUCUGAGCCCCCGCACGCCGCGCCGGAACUCCGCGGCCUCCAGCGGCCGCCUGCCGGGCAAGAUGGCGGCGCCCCCCACGCUGCCUCCGCACCCUCCGCCUGCGGCCGUUCAGGAGGUGCCCUUGCCGUACACGUCCCUGCUCAUGAUGGCGUCGGCCAGCUCCACUGAGCUCAUUGGCGGCAGCGGCAGGAUGGCUGACGACGACGAGCAACUGCUAUGGGAUUGCGCAGCGCCCUCAGUGCCGCCCACACAGAUAUGGGACUUCAAUUUAGGAAGGUCCAGGGAUCACGAUGAGAAGUCUGCUAUUGAAGUUGGAUUUGGUUCGAACCAUGGAGGCUUUAUGAUUAAGAGUUAUAGUGACAUGCUCAAGGAAAUUUCUUCAGGGACAACGAAAGAUCUGGAAGAUAUUUAUGACUCAAGAUACUGCUCAACUGCCGAAGAUAUCAUGUCCUCUAAUAUCUGUCAGUUGUCAUCGAAAAAUGUGAGCACUGGGAGCAACAAACGGAAGGUGAGCUCUUGCGCCUCGACAAUUGACGGACCGACAACCUCUGGGAACCAUGUGCCCACUUCAGGACCAGCACUCACAAGGGAGAUCUCCUUCGGGGAUCAAACCGUCUCCCCCGCUGCAGCUGAUAGGCCUGCUGCCAUGAGGAUCGACAGCGAGACGCUUGCACAGAACAGGGACAGCGCGAUGCAGCGGUACAGGGAGAAGAGGAAGAAUCGCAGGUAUGAGAAGCACAUCCGCUACGAAUCGAGGAAGCUGAGGGCGGACACGAGGAAGCGGGUGAAAGGGCGGUUCGUCAAGUCGACCGAACCACUGAAUGCCGUCAAUGGCGGAUGAGCCAAGGGCCUGUGAAGAUUGAGCUCGGUGCGUUGCGUGUAGUAGUAUGGAGCUACUUACAUCCGAAGGUGGUUGUACGGUGCGCUACACCUAUGCACGAUGCUAUCGCUGGAUCGUCGCCACGCAGCCGAGCCAAAUUUUGCGUUGGAGCAAUCGUGGUCAUUGGUCAGUCAACGCCAGAGACUGCACGGUAUGCUUGUAAGAUGUAACAUGUAAGAAACGACACCCCUUCUGCUGCUGCAUCAGAACAGAAAUAGGUAGCUCACGGUACUUGUUCACCAUGUGGUUUUACUAGCUCAUAUGGGUUUGCAGUGAUGUGUUUCAUACCCGUUUUGUUUCUACCAU